AUGGCGCUACUGGGGCUACUGCUGGUGAUUACCAUGGCGAUAACAGGACAUCUGGCCCUCACCGUGCAGGAGUGCGGCGCCCACGCUCGACGACCAGAGUACACGGACAUCUCUGUGGUGUGUGGUACUAGCUCCAUAGAGCUGGCCAUCCAGAUGUGUCCGGUGGUGUAUACGGGCUACAACGAGAGCCUCCUCAUCCUAAACCACGUCUACAACCAGGACGCCUGCAGGGGGACCCUGGACACCAGCGUAACACCACCUGUAGUCAGGUUCUCAUUCCCCCUACUCCACGCCGACGCAUGUGGCAGCAUAUUCAUGACGACCAGUGCUCCCGGUACCGGAGUGUUCUCUGACUUCUCGAACAUCCAGACGGUGAACGUGAGUGGCAUCGUGCGCUCCUACGAUCCCACCGUUGGCACAGUAACCUACAACGCUGAGCUCAAGUACCUCUACUCCUGUGCAUACCCACUGGAGUACUUCAUCAACAACACACAAGUGGACGUGUCUUCCUCCUCUAUUGUAGUGAAGGACAACAAUGGCAGCUUCAUCAGCACACUCCGCAUGGAGCUUUUCAGUGAUCCGAAGUACAGCCGUCCUCUACGAAUCCCUCCUCUGGGGCUUGAGCUGAGGAAGAACAUCUACGUGCAGGUCAUCGCUACCAACCUCACCUCACAGUACUACGUGCUUCUGGAUCGCUGCUAUGCCUCCAUCUCCCCCCAUCCCUCCAACUCCACAUUCUUCAACCUCUUUGUGCCGUGCUCUGUAGACCCGAUGACGUCUAUCCUGGAGAACGGUGAGAGCCAGAAGGCUCGGUUCCUCUUCCCCGCCUUCCGAUUCGUGGAGCAGCAGAACCAGACGGUCUCCACGUACUACCUACACUGCAUCACGCGCCUCUGCGAGAUCAGCACCUGUAGUUACUUUAAGCUCUGCGUGAAUGAAAAUGGGCGGCGCCGCAGGAAUGCUGAGGACACCACCACUGUCCAGGACGGCCUAUCAGGACCCACCCUCAUCACCUCUGCACCAAUCAUAACCAACAACGAGAACCCAGGCACCACUAAAGAUGAUGGCGGCUCGUCUCGUAGUACCUCCAGCACGGUGGGUCUGGGCGUCACCGUGGGAGUUCUGGUGUUGGUGGGAGCAGUAGCUCUGAUGGUGGCCAUUACCUUCUACAGACGACUCAGACGCACGCACUAG